GCCACACGGAGGGCGCGCCCGGAGGAAGGAAGACAAGAGAAAGGAAGCUUGAAGGCAAGAUGGACGCUGCUAGUUGCUCCGCGGCCGCCGUGGGGAACGGGGACCUGGGGUCCCAGCGGGACCGGAGCUUGGUGCCUGAGCGGCUUCAGAGGCGAGAACAAGAGCGGCAACUGGAGGUGGAAAGGCGGAAGCAAAAGCGGCAGGACCAGGAGGUGGAGGAGGAAAAGAGCGACUUCUUCGCCGCCACCUUCGCGCGGGAGCGAGCGGCGCUGGAAGAGGUUCUGGAGCGCGGGGAGUCCGUCGAGCGGCUGGAGGAGGCGGCCGCGCGGCUCCAGGGCCUUCAGAAACUCCUCAACGACUCGGUUUUGUUUCUGGCCGCCUACGACCUGAGGCAGGCGCAAGAGGCGCUGGCGCGGCUGCAGGCGGCCUUGGCCGAGCGGCGCCAGGAGCUGCAGCCCAAGAAGCGUUUCGCUUUCAAGAGCCGGAGAAAGGAUGCUGCUUCGGCCACCAAGGUGGACGCCGCUCCUGGCGCUCCGGCGGCGGAAAGUAUCCCGGCUUCCCCGCCGUCCUCGAAGGAGGAGGGAGGCUUUGACUCCACUGGGGUCUGCGGUUUUUCCGCUCUGGAAUCCCAGGUCUUGGAGAAGCAAGCCGAGGAACUGCGCCAACGCGACAUUCUUUUGACCGAACUGAGCAACUGCAAGAUCAAACUGUAUGGCAAUCCCAACACCCUGCGGCUGCACAAGGCCCGCGGCUGCACGGUGCUCUGUGGGCCGGUGACCACCUCUGUCUUCCUGGAAGACUGCAGUGAUUGCGUGCUCGCCGUGGCUUGCCAACAGCUACGCGUCCAUACUACAAGAAACACCCGCAUCUUCUUGCAGGUGACUAGCAGGGCCAUUGUGGAGGACUGCAGCGGGAUCCAAUUCGCCCCUUACAUCUGGAGCUACUCGGGGAUCGACAAGGACUUCGAGGGUUCGGGUUUAGACAGGAGCAAAAAUAACUGGAACGACGUUGACGAUUUCAACUGGCUGGCCCGGAAUGUGGCCUCCCCAAACUGGAGUAUUCUUCCUGAAGAAGAGCGAAUGAUCCAGUGGGACUAAGCAGUCGUCACUCUGUCCUUCACUCUUCCCACAAAUACUUCCCAUGUGGGACUGAGUUCACCUAACAGGACUUCAGUGUUUACUUAUUGUUGUCACACUAUCUAGGCCUUCAGUGUUUAAGACUUGAGAUUGUGAUAGGUUCCUAGCCAUGACAGAUCUUUAAAGCAUUUUUGCUGUUUUGGAGAUGUCUGGCAGCUGUUACUAUGCUAGCUUUGUUAAAAACACACAGGUUCCCAAAUAGAGUCACUUAAUGCAGGUCACCAAAUGGAGACUAAAUAACACUUUUCAUUUUUCUGUAGAAUUGGAAUCUUAGAGGAUUCAUCUGGUCAGCACGAGGGAGGUCAUCUAUCUGCCUGUAGACCCUUGCUAAAGGAGAGUAACUUUGCCACAACCACUCCACUCUUUGUUAAUAGAAUUUCCUUGUGCUCACUCCCUCCUGCCUAUAAAAGUCCUUCAUUGUGUACUGCUCCUGAAGCUCCCACCUGCUAGAUAGAUGCUGCUCAACUGGUGAAUUACUCAAUAAAGCCAAUGAGAUGUUUGAAAUUUACUCAGUUGAAUUUUAACAGUUGGAAGCAGUAAGGGGAAAACGUGUUUAAUGCCUAUAGUAUUUAAAACUUACUGGAUGGUAAAGUAGGCUUUUCAGAAAUAUUGAAUAAAUGAAUUAAGCAGGGUACUAGAAAGAGCCAGUUAAUGUGAAAGUAUGGUAUCAAAGUUGGGCAAAUGACCGGGAACUGGGGAAUUCUUUGAAUUGAAGUUUUGACUUCCACACGCAUUUCUCAACAAGGGUGCUGGGAGAACUCCUUUUUGGUCCUCAAGUACAUACUAGCUUCAGCUUCUGGAUUCCAGCUUUUUUUUUUUUUUAAACUUUUUUUUUUUUUUAAAGAAUUAUUUCUUUAUACAAGCACGGGGUACAGGCCAGAGGCGUGGGAGGGUGAGAGAAUCCACCAGAGACAGCUGGGAGCAGAACAGGCAGAAGGACCGAAAUACACUGAUGACGGUAGCAGCAAGUGAGACAGGAGAGGUCUGACAUGCCAUGUGGGAAUCUCCCUGGCCAGCCCGGAAUCGAACUGGCUAUGCGGAGGCUGCAGACAGCUUUACAGCACUGCGCUCAACCCGCUGCACCACCGUCAACCAGCUGUGCCACUGUCAACGCACUGCACCACUAGGGAGGCCCUGGAUUCCAGCUUUUCAUCAGCUUGUUUCGUUCGGUACAACAUUUUGACAUGGUCCCCAGGACCCACAUGAGACUUAACUGCACAGCCCAAAUAAUUAUAGCUACCAACUCUUUGUGCACUUAAAAUGUCAGACACCAUCCUAAGCACUUUAUUCAUAUAAACUUAGUAAGUCAACAUCUUAAGAAGUAGGUUGUUAGCAACAUUUUUCAAAUGACACAAGUAAAUGCCCAAGGUCAUAUAGCUCAAGUGGUGAACUGGGAGAUGUAACAAGGCAGUCUGGCUUCAGAGCCCCACCUUCUUUACCACUACAUGAUGGUGAUUUUGAAUAGCUUAGCUGAGUUGGAAAGAAAGCUUCCAGAAUAAUGUAAGAGGGCAGAUUGCUUUCCUGAAAUUCUCAUACCAAAAAGCAUAGAGCCGUCUUCAUUUUUAUUUUUACUCGUUUUGCUAUAAUUUUCUACUGUUACAAAUUAGGCUUUCUGCUAUAUAUUCUACCAUCCAUUAUUCUUAAAUGGUAAGCUGUAAGGUUUUCAAAAAGCUUUCUGUGGGUCUGGUGGCCUUGUUAUUGCAGAUAUGCUUGUUAUUAAUAAUGACCACAAGCAGUAAGGUGUUUGAAGUGCCUCAAGUAUUUAUCCCCAAAAUGGAUUUGAAGACACUACUAAUGAUAGGAAUUGUGAAAUGUAACAAGAUAAAGCUAAAUGAGAAGGGAUAAUAAAGGUAGAAUCAAAUUGGAUACAGAAAUGAGGCCAAUGAAAAAAAUGUAGUCAGCAAAGUGGGGGUGAGGGUGGGGAUACCCAAUGCACUAUGGUAGACUUUAGUGGAGGGUUAUUGCUGCUUUGGUGGUGAGCAUGUGUGGUAACAUAUCUGAAGAGAUGUGAACAUAUACCCUAAAAUAUACACAGUGUCGUAAAUCAACAUUACUCAAUAAAAAAAAAAAAAAAAAGUAGCCUGUCAAACUUGAUUCCUUACCCAAAGGUGAUGCAAAAUUUCUUUUCUGUCAACUAUUAGCUGACAAGAAAAAGGAUCCUAAUCAGUUUCACAGUGUGUUACAUCCAGAAAGAAGAGGGGAGAAAAUUGCUUAAGAGAAAUAAUUCGUUAUAAAAGGAGACAAUAUGUAAUGAAAUUCUCAACUACAUUGUCACAAUAGAAACUAUAAGCAGUAUCCUCUAAACACUGAUAGUUUAACACCAAAUGCACAUCAGCAAAAUCCAGGCUUGUGGGAC